AUGACGGACUUUGUUGCGGGGUGGAUGGGCGGCGUCUCCGUGCUUCUAGUUGGACACCCUUUUGACACCAUCAAGGUUUGGCAGCAGAGCAGAAAUACACUUGGCCUCACUUCCUUCACUACGGCGCCAGGAGAAAAGAGUCUCGCGGCCGUGAUGGAGUUGUACCACACAAAAGGUGUGCGUGCGUUUUACAAGGGCCUGUGUGCGCCGAUGUGCGCGGUGGGAUUUGCCAACAGCGCCUUGUUUGGGACCUAUGGCCUCAUUGUGAAUUUUUUUGUUUGCAAUGAGGCAUCUCAGUUUUACUACAACGAUGAACGCCACGUCGCGGUGAAGUACGCGAAUCGUCACGCAAACGAGGAAAAGGCUUCCGGUCACACGUACCAAAAACAGAAUCUCUCAGCGCACUUCCGCACAGGCGGUGGACUCAGCGCCUUUGAAAACUUUGUGGCCUCCACAGGCGGUGGUGUGGCAUAUUCCACCAUCAUGAACCCCUUUGAGCUUGUCAAGAUACGUUUGCAGACGGAGCACUUGUUUCCCCACCGUCAGUAUCUCGGCACCUUGCACUGCGCCCGGCGGUUGUACGAACAUGGAGGAAUCAAGUACUUUUUCAAGGGUUAUAGCGCGACACUGAUACGGGAUAUUCCUGGGGCUGGUGUAUACCUUUUUAGCUACUCCUCGCUUAUUCAGUUGCUUGGGAAGGAGAGGAACUACAGCAUUCCGCAUAUUCUUCUUGCCGGAGGCUGCGCAGGGAUGGCGCAGUGGAUUGUAAUAUUUCCUCUUGACACCAUCAAGACGAGAAUACAGGUGGCCAAAAAGGGUGAAAUGCUGGGGUGGACGCGAUGCGCAAGGCAGCUCUACAACGCUCAUGGAUUUACUGGACUCUACCGAGGAAUGGCACCGGCCCUCGUGCGUGCCUUUGCUGCAAAUGGAGCGGCGUUUGUGGGAGUGGAGGGGACACUGCAGUUUUUCCGUACUGCCGGCCUGGAGGACGUUGACAUUGCUAGCUCAUAA